AGAGCGUGCACAGUGGUGGGAAUACACGUCAACUCGGCACUUCUACCAGAUCAAUGAGCGAAUCAGUUUGUGUGUCUUCCAGGAAGACGCUGCAAGCAACAACGCGACUGAUCGCAAAAUGUAACACAAUUAGAAAGGGAAACAGCGUAGUCAGGAUGGUGCUGCACAUUAAAAAGAAACUAAUGAUCAAAACUUAGUCGUACACCCGUGUUUAUAUGUGAGCGCCCGUUCUGCAAGCAGUACUGCCACGAAAGACGGAUGUAAAGGAUUUUCUGGUACAUUUCACGGGGGGAAAAAAGGGAAAGGAAGACGAAAGUAGGAGAAAAAAACCGGAGAACUUCCUGAAACUGUGCGUGACGAGACAUGUCUAAAGAUCCUCUCCAACUAACAAUAAAGCAGGAAAGAAACUCGUACACACCUCCGAGCAGCCCUCUGCCAAGCUCCACUUCCUCUCCUGUACAUGUUCCAACGCAGCGGGCCAGCAGGAUGGAGGAAGAGCCUGUGAGACUGCCUGACCACCUGCGCUUGCAGCCGCUAUACUGGAGUCGGGAGGAUGUGGCGCAGUGGCUGCAAUGGGCUGAGAAGGAAUUCUCCCUGCACCCCAUCGACAGCAACACCUUCGAAAUGAACGGCAAGGCUCUCCUGCUCCUCACCAAGGAAGACUUCCGCUACCGGUGCCCUCAUUCCGGGGAUGUCCUCUAUGAGCUUCUCCAGCACAUCCUGAAGCAGAGGAACACAAACACCCUGCUCCCAUCCUACUGCUUCCCAGGAAACUCCCUGCAGCCUCCACAAGAGGUAACUCUGCAGCACCACAAGCUGGAAGAAACAGUCCGAAGAACCGCCAGAGCAGUUGAGAACCAGAUCCAUCACAACCCCCCCACCAUCGAGCUUCGGCAUCGCCCUCGCUCCCCCCGACUGAACAACCAGAACCCCUCUCCGGACCCCGAACUGCACAGGCAGCACCCCUCCCUCAACGGCGCCCCCCGCAGGCUUUCCCCGGAGGAGAGACUGCACCCCCGCGGCAACGCCCACCACCACCCUCCUCCAGUCUCCGAGGAGCCCUAUCACCUCUCAGUCUCUCCGCCGGUCGAGAACAACCACCGCUGCCCCACGCCCUCUGAAGGCAGCCCCCGCGUCAUCCAGCUUCUGCACCCGCUCCUCGUCAACGCCCCCCCACGGGAGGGCCGGCCCAGGAACCUGUCCCAGCGAGAGGAGCUGCUGUACAGGAACCACGGCAUCCUACCCGUCUCCCCUCCAGAGGAGCAUGGGAUGCCCAUCGGCAGGAUAGCAGACUGUCGGUUGCUGUGGGAUUACGUGUAUCAGCUCCUCUCUGACAGCCGGUACGACAACUACAUCCGCUGGGAAGACACAGAGACCAAGGUGUUCCGGAUAGUGGACCCCAACGGGCUGGCCCGGCUCUGGGGAAACCACAAGAACAGAACGAACAUGACCUAUGAGAAGAUGUCCCGAGCACUGCGGCACUACUACAAGUUGAACAUCAUCAGGAAGGAGCCAGGACAGAGACUGCUGUUCAGGUUUAUGAAGACCCCUGAUGAGAUCAUGAGCGGGCGGACUGACCGGCUGGAGCACCUAGAGUCUGAACUGGAUGACCCGCUGUAUGUAGAGGAGGACUGCUGAGGAGCAGGAGACCGGCAGCAAUCUACAGAAAGCACAGAAAGGUGUGGCAUGCAUCCUUUAGCCAUGCAGAACAUUAAACAAGCAGGAAGAGGCUGAGGAUUUACUGACUGCCUUGGGGAAUGUCCGGGUUUUAUACAGGAUAGUGAAAAUCAACUUUCAAUUUCCGGAUACAGUCUGUCCAAACUUUUAGGAUCCUCUUUUUUUUUUUUUUAAAUCUUUUUAUCAAUGUCGUUUUUUAAGGAAUAAUGUCAUGAUUCUGUGUUUUAUUUCAUUUUUUAAAUUCCAGGAAUUGUGAUUGUUUUGAGGAGUUAUAUUCAGUUAAAAAAAAGAAAAGAACACUUGCUUUUGGGGAACUGGGAAUUCUUGAAGAUCCCUACAUACUUCCACUGGGAUUUGGAGGUGCUUAUUGGUACACGUCUGCUACAGUCUCGACUACUGUUUCUGUGUCUGAGUAACUUUGGUCUCCUUGUGCCUUGGUCCAGCCUCAUCUGUUCUUAGCUGGGCAUUGGGUCCAUACCCACUUCAAAUGAGAAUCUUUAUUAAAUCAGCUUUUUUGAUUUUUUUAAAUAGAAAAUCAGAACAGGACAGCUUGCAAUCGCGGUGCAACUACAAGGGAAUGUUUAAAAAAUAAAAAAUAUAUAUAGUAUUUGUAUCACUUCAAAAACCGUAAUUCUAAAGCCUGAGGUAAUUUCUCAAGAACUGUGGAGCACUCUUUGAGGUACUGUUGCUGUGAGACUGCUUGGAACAAAUGUCAAGGGACUGCGUUUGAUAUGACACUGAAGAACAACGCUGUGUUUGUAUACCUAAGACUUUCUUUUAGUAAUACAGUAGCAGGGUCGGAAAUAACACAUCCUUUGCGUGACAGUUUGGCCCAGUCCAGGUUUGAUUACAGUGUUAGAUGAAAUGGAUACACUUUUGUACAGGACCACCACAGUUUAUCAGCUGGUGAGCCUGAUCUAAAUGAAUACCUCUUGUGUACACUAGUGUCUCUUUUCCCUCGUUUCCAUGCACCACUCUACCCGGGUUCAAAACCCUGCUGAUUCUGCGUUUCCAUGGUAAUUUAGCCGACCCGCAUUGGCUGCCAAUCCGAACUGCCCCUAAUUUUUUUUUCUGACCCUUUCCCAAAGCGAAAGUACCUCACAACACUGACCAAUCAAGUGACGAGUGGGCGUUAACCUUGAAUCCACAUCCGGGGUGAGCAGGCUUCUCCGUGCUUUAAUAUUCUCGGAUCGUUUUUUUAGUAACAAAAAACUCUGAAGAAUUGUUAGGAUGGUCGGAAGCAAAGCAAUAGAGUCCAUGCUUUCGGUUUUGUAAACCAAUGAAGGCAACCAUAGCCGCAAGGCUUGCUGGGAAAGAACCGCCAACAUCUGUGAAACUCACAUUGCAUGGAAAAUGAGUCUUUCACUCACCGGGUAGACUAGCAAUGGGGGUUCAGGAGGAAUGUGGGAGAACCCGGAUCGGCUUGGACUGACAGUCAGUCCCUGCUCAUGGAGAAGAGGUAUCAUUGUGUGGGCAAGAGCACUGCAAAGCUGAGUGGUUCUUGCUCUGUGCAAAAUGAUUUGUUUAAUAAGGGACACCUUUCACAUGACAUUAUAAAUCGCAACAUUUGUACCCAUGAACUGCUAUUAACUUUCUGCUGUAUGUUUUUGUGCAUGGGAUGGCAUCUAUAAGCAGGAUAAUUAGGGCUUCUGAUUUUUGGUUUUAACCGAUAAAACACCCCCGAUUUACAAAAAAAAUGAAAUCGGUGUAUAGCCAAAAAACACCUGAAAAACACUGAAAAUGGUUACUCAAUUCACGUGGACUUCACCCCUUUCCCAUAAAAAAAAGACCUACUACAAAAAAAACUACCUCCUUCCUGACUUGUAUCGAUCAUUGAUUAGUUCUGAAUACUUUAAAUCCACCCCAACCACUGAGUGGCAGCAAAUGCCUACAUUUCUUGCGAAAUUUCAAACAAAAUUACAAUUGGAAGGCUUGUUUGAUGAAUUUAAAGCUAUUAUUAUUUGUUUAUGUAGCAGACGCCUUUAUCCAAGGCGACUUACAGAGACUAGGGUGUGUGAAGUAUGUAUCAGCUGCAGAGUCAUUUACAAUUACGUCUCACCCGAAAGACAGAGCACAAGGAGGUUAAGUGACUUGCUCAGGGUCACACAAUGAGUCAGUGGCUGAGGUGGGAUUUGAACCCGGGGACCUCCUGGUUACAAGCCCUUUUCUUUAACCACUGGACCACACAGCCUCUGUAUUCAUGGAUCAUCUGUGUGUCAGUCUGAGGGCUCUGUCCAAGUAAUCUGAUCAAUCUGUAAAUAUGUUAGUUAUAGGGAGAAUUUAAAACAGAAUUGUAAAUUGUGGCGAAAUGGAAAACAAAAUGUCUAGACAUGCAAAAAACCCACAAGAAUGUGCCUGUGACCUUAAGGAUUUCGUUGUGGAAGACAGCAAAGGAAAGACGGUACAUUUUAAGUGUGCAAAUACUGUCCAGUUACUAUACAUACUGAUAGGAAAAAAACGCCCAAGCAUUUUGGAAAGUAACUGAAAACAAUCAUUUCAUACGGUAUAUAAAAAACAAAAGCCCCCAAAAAAACUAUUUACAUAAAACUCGAAAUUAGCUAAAAAUAAGCACUGAAAAUUAACAAAAACUGAAAACAGAAGCCCUAAGGAUAAGAGAAGAUGUACUGGAAUGAGGUGAUAUUAGGUUAUUUCCUGUCCGAGAUUUCUAAUGUAGCGCAUAGAAAACUUGGAAUGGCUCAAACUGCAGUGAAACCACCCAAUACUGAAGUAGGUGUAACUCAAAUAUCCACCAAACACAAUUUCAUUUUCAAACAAAACUACAACGAUAGAAACUGACAGAGAGUAACAGGACCGAAUUGGAGACUGACCCAGUGUGCUGUAUGGCGCUUUGUGUCUGACAACCUCUGCUGAAUUUCUGAAGGCUUUUACUAACAGAACUAAGAUAAACUGCCAAAUGAAUGUAUUUUGAAUGCAAAAACUGGAUUUAUUUUUGGUGAAGGGCUUUUAUUUCUGUUUAGCACACUUCAGCUUAAAGGGAUGAGCAUGCCAGCUACAUACUUCAUUUGGUACCUGUUUUCUGUAAUGCGUGUUUUUUUAUAUAAUUCUCUAUUGCUGUUUCAGCUUGGAUCAUUAUUUUGCAAGGCGCAGUAACUGAAGUUCAACCGCAAGGAGUUCCUUCUGAAGAGACUGAAAUUCCAAAAGUGCACUUGUAAUUUCUGCUGCUCUGUGAGUUAGACGAGGAGAAAUCAUAGUUGCACAGGGGACAGAAAUUCCCCAGAAAUUCACGGCCAGUUCAAAGACAGCUUUGGAAAUGCAGCUGCUUUUGGAAGUCUUCAGAAGCAGCCCUCAUGGUUGAAAAAGGACAUAUAUUAGUAAGCCUGGUAAACGGUGAUCUAAAGUAGAAACAGCAAUAGAAAAUUCUACAAAAAUAUAAUGGUAUGAUAUUAAAUUGGCAUGAAUUCAAAUAUUCAGGAAGCCUAGACUGCAUUCCUUUUCAUUUCCAGUGAGAAGCAAACUUGAUUGCAGACUAUCCUGUACCGUGAAGAUGGGAGCCGUCUGCUGUUCAGUAUCGCGUUGUUUUUAAAAGCAAUUUGUUGAUUUUGUUAUUUUUUUGGUAUGAGCGCGUGUGUAUGAAUGUGUGAAUGCGUGCAAGCAUUCUGGUGAUGGGAAUGUUAAUGUAACAAACAGCCUUUUCUAGGGGCUAAAUCAUUUGUAAAAAAAAUUAAAAUAAUACAAAAAUUGUAAAAAUGUCAUUGUCAUCUCAGUAACAAAAAAAUAAAAAAAGCUUAAAUACC